ACACAGUCGGACGUCGGACAGCGUGUGCGACCGUGUGUCAAUAGAAUCUUUUGAAGGGAAAGCAUGUUCUGUCGAAAAAUGUUCGCUUACUGGUUUUUGUUGCUGCGUGGUUUUAUCAGCGACCAUUAAGUCUUGCACGACAUUUUUUACGGCCUUUCAAAAAUUGAUUGAAAAACGUCAAAACAAGUAAUUGAUCGAAGGGGCAUGUUAAAGUAAAUAAAGAUGAGGAUUUUGUCAUGUCGUUUCCAACAUGUCAUAAUAACAGCACUAUUUGUCACUCUGCUAUUCUGUGCUAUCCAAGUUUUCAGAUUGAGCUUCACCGACAAUGAUGUAUCAAACUUGAAUAAAUUAAUACACAUGAAUUGGUUAAUUAAGGAAUCUGAACAAUCUUACAUUAGGGAAGGAGUUGUAGCUUGCAAAUUACCUCAAUUAGAUGUUUCCAAUCCAGAAAUCACAAAAUUCAUCCAUGAUGUUCCUCCUGUAACAUGUAGCCCUGAGAACUGGGUUAUAGUCAAUGGCUCAACACUUGUUAUUAGCAAUGACAUAAAGAAAAAAUAUGGCUGGAUAUCUUGUACUUUUAGUGAAAUUCUUAGAGACGAUGACUACACUGUGUCAUUUAUGACUCCAGUCAAGUCAGAUAAUUACUAUGUAUUAAAACACAGUGAUUUUGUUGAUGUUAAAUGUGAAUCAAAGAACGGGGAAGAGUGGCACAGUAUCAUGGCUGGAGUAAAGGAUGAUCCUCAGGUGAAAGAGAAAAGCAAAUGGGAAAACACUGCGAACAAUAAUCCAAAACUAAAUGUACUUAUGUUUGGGUUUGAUUCAUUGUCACGAAAUACAUUCAUACGUAAAUUGCCAAAGACGUAUCAGUACUUACAGGAAGAUUUAGGUGCUUUAGUUUUAGAAGGAUAUAACAUAGUGGGUGAUGGGACUCCUCAAGCCCUCAUUCCUAUUCUGACUGGAAAAAUUGAACUCGAACUACCAGACACAAGAAAACGUAUGGGACGGAAAGCAAAUUUUGUUAAUGUGUAUCCAAUGAUAUGGAAUCAAUACAAAAAACAAGGAUAUAUCACAGGAUUUAUGGAAGACGUACAUCACAUUGGAACUUUCACAUAUCGUUUGAAAGGAUUUAAGGAACAACCAACUGACCAUUACAUGAGAACUUUCUAUGUAGCUGCAAGUCCAUAUUUUAGGUAUUACAAUAGGCUUUGCAUUGGAAGUAUUCCCCGGCAUAUGGUGAUGUUGAACUAUAUUAAAGAAAUUUUCAAUGUUUACAAACAUCAACCAAAAUUCUUGUUUGGAUUUCAUGGAGAACUUUCACACGAUUCCUACAACGAUAUAGGAGUAGUGGACAAAGACUUGCACAAUUGGAUAAAAGAUUUACACGAACUUGGUUACUUGAAUAACACAGUACUAAUACUGAUGAGUGAUCAUGGACAUAGAUUUGCAGAAAUUCGGAACACCUUACAGGGUAAACAAGAAGAGAGACUUCCAUUCUUUUCCUUUAUCUUUCCUCCGUGGUUUAAAAAGACUUAUCCAAAAGCAUACACGAACUUUUUGCAUAAUACUCAUUACUUAACAACACCGUUUGAUGUACAUAAAACACUAGAAAAUUUAUUGAAUUUUGAAACUCCAAAAGACGGGGAUCGUCACCAAAAAGCAAUUAGUUUAUUCGAUAAGAUACCAUUAGAAAGAACAUGUGCAGACGCAUGUAUAGAACCACAUUGGUGUGCUUGCCUUAGUUGGCAAGAAAUUUCAAUUGAAGAUGCCAAUGUAAUUGCUGCAGCCAAAUACUUUGUACACUUUCUUAACGAUUAUACAAAGGAAUACCGCCGUAUUUGUGCACAGUUGCAAUUAAAGGAAAUAUUAUGGGCUGCUAAACUUAUACCGAAUGAAGGUUUAUUAAAAUUUCAAAAAUCGGGAGAUCAAGAUGGUUUUUUAGGGGACUUUAGUGCAAAAACAAAACUAACCACUAAAAUUUAUCAACUGAAAGUAAAGACAGAACCAGGAAAUGGAUUGUUUGAAGUGAGCAUUACCUAUAAUAUAAGGAAAAAUACUUUUUCAACCAAAUAUUGUGUACAUUAUUUAGUCAGAGAUGAUGAAAUUUCAUAA